AUGCUCAAAACCAUCGGUGACUCAGCAUUCAGUGGUUGUUCAAAACUUUCUUCAAUUGACUUCACAAACUGUGAACUUCUACAAACAAUCAAGUCAUCUGCAUUUAGAGACUGUUCUAGUCUAUCUCAAGUCGUUCUUCCUCAAAAUCUGACUGUAAUUUCAUCUUGGUUAUUUUCGCGAUGCAAAUUUUCCACAAUAUCCAUCCCAAACUCAAUAAAGGUUAUAGACUACAAUUCAUUUAGAUAUUCUAAGGAACUCCGUUCAAUUAUUAUAAGCCCGGAUUCAAAGUUAACUAGAAUCAAUGAUCAAUCUUUUGAAGAAACAUCCAUAGAACAGAUUUACAUUCCAAAGGAUUUAUUAUAUAUACCUAUUACGGCUCUUCCAUUCUCCACGACACUAAAAGAGAUAAUUUGUGAUCCAAAUAAUCAACAUUAUACAUCGGAAGAUGGUGUAUUUUACAAUAAAGCCAAAACAGUAAUUCUUCUCUACUUAAAAAACAACCGUUCUUCAUUAAUUUUCCCAGAUUCAGUUGAGUCGGUUUCAGGUUAUGCAUUUUCUGGAUCACCAAUUGAAAAUAUAUCUUUCAACUCAAAAUUACGAACAAUCUCGUCGUUUUCAUUUGAAUAUACACAUCUAAUCAAUAUUUCAAUUCCAGAUUCAGUGACAAGUCUUGGCGCAAAUGCAUUUUCUGGAUGCAAAUAUCUUGAGAUUGUUAUUGUUGGUGCCAGAAUUACUGUUAUUCCUCAAAGUUGCUUUCAAAAUUCUAAUAUUACAAAUAUAAUUUUCAAAGGAAACAUAACAACAAUCGAAACAUCGGCAUUUUCUGAAUGCUACAAUUUGAAACGUGUUGAACUUCCAAAAAGUCUUUCAAAGAUUUCAGGUUCAUGUUUCCCAACCAAUGUUGAACUUGUUUUCCCAGAAGAUUCUCUACUUUCUAUUGAUUCACAGGGGCUUUUAUACAAUCAACAUAAAACAAUUAUAUUUCAAAGACUGAGUGAACUGGAGAGCUACAGCAUUCCAGAUUCAGUUGAAGAGAUAUCAGCAGGAGCCUUUGGAGAUUUAUCAAAUUUGAAAACAAUCAAUUUCACUUCAAAUUCCAAUUUGACAAAAAUUGGAAAUUCUGCUUUUGCCAGAUGUUACAAUCUUAUUAACAUAAGUUUUCCUGCUUCACUUAAAACCAUUGAAGGUUAUGCUUUUUUUCUGUGGACAUCGUUAAAAACAAUAAAUUUUCCAGAUAGUUUAACUUUCCUUAAUUAUUACGCGUUUAGAGAUUGUUCAGGUUUAGUUGAAGUUCACUUUAGAAGUGUUGCUAUAUUACAAGGAUAUGUAUUUAUGAGAUGUGGACGAUUAGAAUCAAUCACAAUUGAAGGAUCAUGUGGUGUUAUACUUGGUGCUCAAAAUUUCUAUGAAUGUGGAAAAGUGAAAACAGUAAAAAUGACUAAUGUUACAUAUAUUGGAGAUGGUUGUUUUUCUUCAUGUCCAUCAUUACAAACAAUUGAGAUUCCCGAUACAAUUCAAAAUAUUGGUGUUCGUGCAUUUUUUAGUUCAGGAGUUGAAAACAUAACAUUUUUAGGAAAUCCACCAAUUAAGCAAAUUGGAGCGAACACAUUUAAUGGAGCAUCUAAACUUCGAUACAUCACAUUACCUCAAUCCAUCGAAGAAAUAGGAACUAAUGCAUUUGAGUCUACAAAUAUAUCAACAUUCACAGUUCCACAUGAUACAAAGUCAAUCUCAGACUAUGCAUUCAAAAACUGUAAGAAUCUUGAUACAUUCAUUAUUGGUGAAAACAGUUCAUUCAAAUCACUUGGUUACUUUGUUUUCGAAGGAUGUACAUCACUUCGUCAAUUUGUUUGCAACGACAGCAUGUACUUCACAGUCGACAGCAAUGCUCUUUUCGAUAAGAAUAAGACAGUACUUGUCUGCUUCCCUCCCGCAUCACCAUACAAGUUCUUCUAUAUCCCAUCUUCAAUCAGAAAUAUCCCAGCAGGUGCAUUCCUCGGAUGCAAGAACCUUGUCAACAUCCUCAUCCCAGAUAACUCAGUUGAAACCAUCUACCGCUAUGCAUUUGCAGAUUGUACAUCUCUCACUCACAUCAACAUCCCUAUUUGUGUCCAAACUAUCCAGACACAUGCAUUCUCUAACUGCAUCCAUCUCACAUGUGGCAUUGACAUAGAGAACACAACAGAAUCAUUUCUUGAACAUCUUUAUCGAGAAUGUCAUCUUAAUCGUGACUCUAUCAAAUCAUGCAGCAUCAUCACAUGCAAGAAGUCUAAUCACUACAGAUAUUUCACAUCCUUCUAUGUCUUCGCACUUAGUGAAGGUACUAAACUCGGCUUAUUUUAA